AUGAUUAAUUUAUUUCCUCAUGUAAAUAAACUAUUGAUUCAUGAAAAAUAUAUAGUGCUUACUCAAAUUAGAAAUAAAAAAUAUUAUCGUUAUUGGUGGAUACCAUUUCAUUUAGAUGAUUUUCAAACAAUAACACAAUCAAAACCAAAUUCUUAUGAAAGAUGGAAUCAAGAAUGGAUGGAUUCAAAACUUCCAAUAGAAUUACAAUAUUUCGAUACAUCACAUCUUCCAUCUCAUUUAAAAGCAAGACUAAAACCAUCCAAUAAAUUUUUUAAAAUAACCAGUAGAAAAGAAAAAACAGAAGAUUAUCGUAGACGUUUAUUUGGUGAAUAUGGUUUACAUAGUGGUAUUAAUCCAGCAUUAUUAUUUAUGAAUGAUAAUGAAAUCAUCUAUGAAAAGAAUAAAGAAAAUCUAUUAGAAGAUUCUAUUUUACAAGUGAUCAAUACUAAAACUGAACAAGAGAAACAAGCUAGAUUAGACAAUGAAACAUUAAUGUUAAAAAUUAAAAAAAAUUUAGAUAAAAUGCCUGAAUUAAUAAAAAAAUUUCAUGAACAAGAAGAUAAACAAUCAUCUAUGAAAGAUAUAAAAGAGGCUAAAAUCAAUAAGUAUAUGGAAGAGGCAAGAGAUCGUUUUGGUUUUUAUCCAAGUAAAAAAGAUCCAAAAUUUAUAAAAUUGAUACAAGAAUCUGAUGAACAAAAUAAAUUACAACGUAAACAGAAAAAGAAAUAA